AAGAGUUGAGCCACGUAAAACAGCAGCACCAGAUUUGGACUGUCGACUGGUAUCCCAACGUCAAUGGCGCUGAAAACAAGAGACGUCCAACAUUGUUAAUUGCAAUUUUCAUCGUAAAGAUGUCUAAGCAAGAGGGAAACAGAGGUUAUGAUUCAGAACCAUCAACUAGUAGUGGAUAUCGCAGGAAACCAUACGACAGGAAUUCAGAAUCAGAUCGUUCAUCAGUGAGAGGAAUAGGAAUAGGAAUAGGAAUAGGAAUGGGAAUAGGAAUAGGAAUAGGAAUGGGAAUAGGAAUAGGAAUAGUGAAGAGUAUCAAACGCGAAGUUUCUCCAGUAAGUACAUCUACGUUCUCGGAACAUGAGUCAAUGGAAACUGCAAGUGACGUUAAGAGCGAAAUUAAUAGUGAAGUUGAGAGUGAAACUCAAAGUAAUGAGUCGCAGCAGCAGCAACAGGAGCAGCCACAGCAACAGCAACAGGAGCAGCAGCAGCCGCAGCAGCAACAAAGAGCUCAUCGCCACGCGCAUCGCCGAGGACAUGGUCGGGGACGGUCGCGUGCCCGCUGGUAUCUUAAUCGGCGGGACAAUCUCUGCAGAAUGGAUCGCUCGUGGCACCCAUGGCUGUAAGAUACAGAACGUUUGGCCUAACAACACAUUUGUGCUAUAACGAACGAGAAAAGGAUUAAAAUUAUUAUCGCAUUAUUCAUUUUAUUUUCUUGCCCAUAUACGUUCUUAUAUUUUCUAACACUGACGCUAGCUUUCAGGAAGUUAUUGAAAAAUGAAAGAUGAUAAA